UCUCAGGGCCGGGGGCGCGCCUGCGCCUUCCCAGUCACGCGGCUGCUUCCGAAGCGUUUCAGAAGUUAAGAACAGCAGCCGUUUAAGAUUCGUACAUGACAUUCGGAUGCUGCUGCUGCUGCUGCUGGCUUUGUGCUCCCUUUCCGUGUCUUAUUCUAACGCCUGCAUUGAGUCUUAACUGCAUUGUCCCUGUCCGGGGAGGUUUCCGUUGGACCUGCUAAAAGCAUUCCCCUACAAUUAACUUUGGGUUUUGUCUCUAGGAAACCAACAUGAGGACCUGUCUAUGCGUUUAGGAAGAGCGCUGGCAGUCCUGAUUUUAGAAAUGUUUCAGUGGCAAGUCUCAACUGUAAAGCAGUGCUGUAGUUGUUAAAUUACAUAGGGUACCCUGUCACCUCCACAUCUGCAAAUAUGUUGUUAGCUACUAGUCUUGGUUUUGAACUCUAGAUUGUCGCCUUGGAUUAGAAAUCCUCUCCUGUGGCCCGUCCCAUAGGCUUGUGGAAAAAAAUCCAUUCUUCAGCCACCUUGAGUGUAAAUAUGAAAAGAUGCUGAGGGGGCUGUUUGCCUCCUGCUUUUCAAACCAGCCUUAGACUGCAAUUUCUACCCCUUGUUUGAGAGUAUGCCUUGUUUAGUAUUAAGUCAAUGCUGUACAUAGGGCUUACUUCUGAAUAAAUAUGCAUAGGACUGUGCUGCUAGUCCUCAAGGAUUCAGUUGCAGUUCUGAGCAUGCGCUGUUGUUUACAUCAGUUGCUCCUACCUUUCGAACAGAAAUAGUUGGCUAGCAAGUCCUUCUCCAAAGCUGUUAUCUAUUCUUAUUUAGAACAGAAUAUGACAAUCAUGUGCUUCAAGUAAGUGUAUGCUAGGAGCAAAGGAGGGGUAUUUCAGGUGUACUUUCAUCUGUCACUGUGGAGAUUAUUGCUGGUGAUUUCCUUUUGUUCUCUAUGACAACGGUACCCCGUUCUGUUGUGUAUAGUUAAACUGGAGCUUCUUUGCCUCUUGGGAUUUCACCCAUUUAGGUGGCAGAAAAGAUGCUUGAUUAUAUCAAAUCUUGGGCUGAAUAUAUUGUGGAAUGGGCUGCAAAGGAUCCUUAUGGAUUUCUUACAACAGUGAUCCUAGCUCUGACACCUCUAUUCUUAGCAAGUGCAGUACUGUCAUGGAAACUAGCGAAAAUGAUAGAAGCCAAAGAGCGAGAGCAAAAGAAGAAACAGAAGCGCCAGGAAAAUAUUGCUAAAGCUAAACGAACAAAGAAGGACUAAGAUGUCAAUCCUACUGGGCAGAACUUUUCUCAAAAAGUUAAAUAAUGCAACAACAUUAACCUUCGUGAAGCUGAGGCUCCAAUACUUUGGCCACCUCAUGAGAAGAGAAGAAUCCUUGGAAAAGACCCUGAUGUUGGGAAAGAUUGAGGGCACUAGGAGAAGGGGACGUCAGAGGACAAGAUGGUUGGACAGUGUUCUCGAAGCUACGAACAUGAGUUUGACCAAACUGCGGGAGGCAGUGCAAGACAGGAGUGCCUGGCGUGCUAUGGUCCAUGGGGUCACGAAGAGUCGGACACGACUAAACGACUAAACAACAACAACAAAAAACCUUAUUU